AUGCCCAGGUAUACGGUGCACGUGCGUGGAGAGUGGCUGGCGGUGCCCUGCCAGGACGCGCAGCUCACGGUGGGCUGGCUGGGCCGGGAGGCCGUGCGGAGGUACGUCAAGAACAAGCCAGACAAUGGUGGCUUCGCCUCGGUGGACAAUGUGAGCUUCCUCAUGCGCCGCUGCAAGGGCCUGGGCCUGCUGGACCACGAGGACCCGCUGGAGGUGGCCCUGGAGGACAACGAGUUCGUGGAAGUGGUUAUAGAAGGGGAUGCCAUGUCUUCCGACUUCAUUCCAUCGCAACCAGAAGGAGUUUACCUAUACAGCAAAUACCGGGAACCCGAAAAGUACAUUGCCUUAGAUGGGGACAGCCUGACCACAGAGGAUCUGGUCAACUUGGGCAAGGGACACUACAAAAUCAAGCUCACCCCCACUGCUGAAAAGAAGGUGAAAAACUCCAGGGAAGUCAUAGAAAGCAUCGUGAAAGAAAAAACUGUUGUUUACGGCAUUACUACAGGUUUUGGGAAAUUUGCCAGAACUGUAAUUCCUGUCAGUAAACUAGAGGAGCUCCAGGUCAACCUAGUACGUUCACAUUCUUCAGGUGUUGGAAAGCCACUAAUCCCUGAGAGAUGUCGGAUGCUCUUGGCUUUAAGGAUCAAUGUCUUAGCCAAAGGAUACAGUGGCAUUUCCCUGGAGACUCUCAAACAAGUUAUCGAAGUAUUUAAUGCCUCCUGCCUGCCCUAUGUUCCAGAGAAAGGAACUGUUGGUGCCAGCGGAGACCUUGCCCCACUCUCUCAUCUUGCUCUUGGGCUAAUUGGGGAAGGGAAGAUGUGGUCUCCGAAGAGUGGCUGGGCUGACGCUAAAUACGUCCUGGCAGCUCAUGGAUUGAAACCAAUUGUUUUGAAGCCAAAAGAGGGUCUGGCGCUCAUCAACGGGACGCAGAUGAUCACCUCCCUGGGCUGUGAAGCUGUGGAGAGAGCCAGUGCCAUUGCUCGGCAGGCUGACAUAGUGGCGUCCUUGACCCUCGAGGUGUUGAAGGGCACCACCAAAGCCUUCGAUACUGACAUUCACGCUGUUCGCCCACAUCGUGGGCAAGUUGAAGUCGCUUUUCGGUUUCGGUCCCUCUUGGACUCAGAUCACCACCCAUCUGAAAUAGCAGAAAGUCACAGGUUCUGUGAUCAUGUUCAGGAUGCUUACACCUUGCGCUGCUGUCCACAGGUCCACGGUGUGGUGAACGACACAAUAGCAUUUGCGAAGAACAUCAUUACCACAGAAAUUAACAGUGCAACAGAUAAUCCUAUGGUCUUUGCCAGCAGGGGAGAGACUGUUUCUGGAGGAAACUUUCAUGGUGAAUAUCCAGCCAAAGCCCUGGACUAUUUGGCCAUUGGCGUCCAUGAACUUGCUGCAAUUAGUGAAAGAAGAAUUGAAAGGCUCUGCAACCCCUCCCUCAGCGAGCUGCCUGCCUUCCUGGUGGCUGAAGGUGGUCUGAACUCUGGAUUCAUGAUAGCCCACUGCACGGCUGCAGCCCUGGUUUCUGAGAACAAGGCCCUGUGCCACCCCUCGUCUGUGGACUCUCUCUCCACCAGUGCUGCUACGGAGGACCAUGUCUCCAUGGGAGGAUGGGCAGCAAGGAAAGCCCUCAGGGUCAUUGAGCACGUGGAGCAAGUGCUGGCCAUCGAGCUUCUUGCAGCCUGCCAAGGGAUAGAGUUUCUACGCCCUUUGAAAACUACCACUCCACUGGAGAAGGUCUAUGACCUGGUGCGCUCAGUUGUAAGGCCCUGGAUAAAAGAUCGCUUCAUGGCCCCAGACAUUGAGGCAACGCACAGGCUGCUCACAGAGCAGAAGGUUUGGGAAGUAGCUGCGCCAUACAUCGAAAAAUACAGGACGGAGCAUAUUCCGGAAUCAAGACCUGUUUCUCCAACAGCAUUUUCAUUGGAAUUUCUGCACAAGAAAUCGACCAAAAUCCCAGAGUCUGGGGAUCUUUAA